UUUUGAUAGUGACAAAAGAUAGUAUAUUUUUAGUUUGAAAUUCGACUAUAAAUAUUAAAUUUAACUCGGUAAAAGUCAUAUCAGUUUUAACUUUCAUUUUGAGUAGGUUAUCAGUACAUGAUAAGAAAGGUUGAAAUAAUUUUAAUUCAUGUAUAAACUGUUUGUGACAUUGUAAAAUUUGGAUUUUAUCAAGGAUUAUAAACUACAGGAAUAAUGUCUUUUCUAUCGAGUCUUCCCUCCUCGGCCCAGGGACAACUGGCAACAUCCUCAGCAUUUACAGGUUCUCAGAAUUAUUUAUCAAGAGUCCCCAGUCUACCGGAAACAAUUUAUGGAACCAGUCAACUUUAUUCUCAGACUUCCGGUCAUAGACAAGAAAAUACGGGAUACUAUUCCAUGCAAACCGGAUCAGAAUCUCUGAAAGCUCCUAGCUCUCUAGGUCAACAUUAUUACGUCGACCAAAUGAUGAACCCUCAUCCUUACAGUUCUUUGUACCCGGGUUUUGACGUUAAUGCCAUCAGAAGAAAAAAUGCUACACGUGAAACCACAGGUCCUUUGAAAGCGUGGUUAAGUCAGCAUAAGAAAAAUCCCUAUCCAACAAAAGGUGAAAAGGUCAUGUUGGCAAUAUCAACCCGAAUGACCUUGACCCAAGUAUCAACGUGGUUUGCCAACGCUAGACGUCGGAUGAAGAAAGACAACACCGGGGAGUAUGACGACAACGAUGACAUCAGCGAAAUCGGUCAAAGAGAUCGCAGUGGCAGCCUAUCAAGCCGAAUGUCACAUACCAGUAGCGAAGCCGACACAUCCAAAGAGCUCUCAGACCUUUCCGACAUUGAGGAGGCAUCAGUACUCCCAAAACCAACAAAGAGACCCACUAAGAAAUGCGUUCAGAGGCUAUUCUCACCGGAAAUUAGAACUGAAAGCAACAUUGAUCCAUCAAGCUCGCCUGAAAGCUUACCGGAUAUGACGCAAAUUAAAAAGGAAUCGUUUGAACAACACAGACUUCCGUCAGUUGCGGAAAUGAUGAGAACAUUGCCAAACUCUAUCCCAGCACCGCCAAGAAAUUUCGACGAUGUUUCUAAAUCUCAAAAGUCAAAGAUCUGGUCAAUUUCUGAAAUAAUUGGAUCUGCAUCGAAGACGAUAAACACCGACAAUUCAACCACCUACCCACACCCAGAAAACGCAGAACCCCACCAAGAAUAUUCAACAUAUUAUCACAACAGCUCGUAUUACCAGAGUCAACUGUACAACACAUAUUCAAAUUAUUACCCCACCCAGCAUACCGGGUACCAGUAUGACUUUACCAGUCAACUAAACACAUCUGACAGUGGUUUAAGCACUUUAUCAGACUCUAAAGAAAAUAUUGAAUAUUUGUAAUCAAAUUCUAACCAUACGAUCAGCAAAUCCACUUCUAUUUUCCAUCACAAUAGAGAGACAGAAAUUAUUUUCAAAUCAUGAUUUAUAUUAUUUGUUUCAAAUGCUUACAACAUACAAAUUUAUAUUCGAUUAAAUAUUGUAAUAACUUAUAAUAUCUACGUUAAAGAAUGUAUAAAUGUGUUGUAAAUAUAUGAAUAUGAAUGUAAAAUUGAAG